ACUUACAGUUACUUCCUCCAGAGGUGUUUGAAGCCUCGAUAAAGUUUCAAACUUUUAUCAUUGAGGAAAUGGGAGGAAAAGGAGAGCAAGGCGAGCAGAAACUACGAGCUACACAAGAUCAAUUGCGCAUUGCAAGAUUAACCCAGGAUGCAAAUUUUUUGGAGGAUGAUCGAGUUAACAUACAGAAGCUUAUCAAAAAAGUCGUGGAAACAACUCGAUGCACAGUUGCCCAAGCAGAAAUUGCACUUUUUGAUGCAGAUAACAAUGUCGAAGAAGCAGUGAAUGCUAUUUUGGAGGAUACUUACACAGAUGCAAAUGUUUGGAAGGAACAGAAAAGUCGGAAGUCGAAAAGGCAGGAUGCUGAAGAAAAGAAUGAUGAUUUUUCGUCAAAUCCGAGGAAUACACGUACACAUCCUAGCCGUGGUGUAAACAGGAGAGGCAGAGGUUCAGAACGAGGAAGAGGUGGCUAUAGAGGAAGUACCAGGGGCAGUCGUGGUGGUUAUGUCGCUCGGGGUGGGCACCAGACAUCUGUUGGUAGGACUAAUGGAGGGUUAAGUGGAUCAAAUAAUGUUUGGGACAACUCUCAGGCGAAAACAGCAUCAGCGAAGGAGUGGACAAAUGCUACUGUACAGUUGAUGGAUGAUACACCGGAGGAAACCGACUGGGAAUCAGCGGGGACGUUGGUAUUUUCUCGUAGAGAGGAUCUGCCACCACCGGUGGUUAUUCCAACUUCUGCGCCGUCAGGUGUAGCUUCGUUAUCAAAUUCCACUGUUUCGGCACCUAUCUCGUUUGCUGCAGUGGCAGCUGCAGGUGCUAUUAAGGCAAAAGAAAGUUCUAAUAAUUCUGGAAAUGCUCAAAUAAAAAUGUCUACUUCAACUGGAACUGCAGCACCGGUAACUUCAGGAGCUUCUUCGCCGCCGCAAGUGAAUGGCGUUAGUCAAUCUGCGAUGGAUUCAUAUAGCUCAAUUUAUCAAAAUAAUGAUGUUGUAUCGACUAGUGGGCAGUUAAUAGCUGCUCCGGCAAGUUCAACGAGCGAAUCAAAUCGGAAAGAGGAAAGUCGAGAGAACCUUCAAAGUACAGCAAGUGCAUCGCUUUCAUCUGCAAGGAAUUCAAGCAUACGAACGUCACAACCAAUUGCUUCAGUAUCUUCGGUAAGUGCAGGUGGAGGUUCUUCUACUGAUUGGACAACCCAACUGAAGAAUGAUCUCGGUAUUGGUUCAAAAGCAGUUCCAAAACCUACGGCGUCUUUGGCAAAACCGAUAGUCCAAACUAAACUUGCUCAAACGCCGCAGCAAAAGGCAGCUCAGUCUGGGAAUACGCAUCAAACGUCCUACUCAGUUGAAUUUGUCUCUGGUGAGCCAAAUGAUUCUUCUGCUCUUCCCGAGUACCAGUUUGGCUUUCAUGUUGAUACGAAUCCCAGUAACGAAGAAAAUAGUGAAGAGUCUUUUGUCUCGUCGAAAUCUCGGGCCAAAAAUGAGUCGGAUUUGAUGGCUGGGGAUUCUGCUUCUGUAGUGCUUACCAAUGGUGGUAGCAAUGAGCUUGCAUCUACCAUUUCUGCCCAACAACAAGCUAAGGUAGCGGGAAACAGUGGCGGCGUAGGGAUUACUUCAUCUUCAACUGCUGUUCAUGCAUCAUCAGGCCUACAAAGGCAGCCAGCGACUUCAGGCCUUUCUUUGGCUGAUACGUCUAGCAUGUCUUAUCCUUCUCCUGAAAGUCGCACUUCGGUUGCGAAACCACAACCUUCGCUGCAUCAACAGCAGGCACAACAUCCAUUGUUUACGACAACUCAGUUUUCAUAUAGCAGUUAUCCUUACAUGAAUAUGUAUAGUCCCGUAACAGGAGUGAGGCAAGAUGAGGCACCAUACGCUACUCUCGUCCAAUACCCAUUUGGUGAUUUUUUGCGCUUAUUAGGUUCAUUAUGGAAGCUUCUUUUAGCUAGUAUGGGACAGAUCGAUAUGAGCUCUCUUUCAACUAUGCUCCCUCCAAUAGCUCCUCAGCAGCAACCUAACCAACCGCCGCCACCGGUUCAGCAAAGCCAACACCAACAGAGACCGGACCAACAUGGCAAUUAUGUUGACUUGAAGGCCUUUAAAAAAUUUGAUUUUACUUUUCAUUUCCAAAUUAAGACUUCGAUUUUGUUUGGAAACUUUCAGGCAUAUGCAACGGCCGGAGUUACGAUCAGCUCAGCCGCAGGUGGCACUGGCUCUGGGUUGCUCAGUAAUCAACAACAGCAACAAAGGGCUGAUACUUCUGUAACAAGUUCUACAGUUGCACCCCCUCCUGGUUUUAGCGGUCCUCCAUCGAAUAUUCCAACUGCUGCUUUUACUCUCCCUCAGCCUAACCACCUCUCAUCAUUAUUCCAAGUGCCGCCAACAUAUCAUCCUCAGCUCAAUCAGCUUCCUUUUUCUUUUAUGCUACCUAGCGUCACAGGCAAUGGUCAACAUAAACUUGGGCACCAAAUUUUCGCGCAACAAACUGUUUAUGGUGGGACUCAUCAACAAAUUGAUAAAUAUGGAACAAGCGCAGGAAAUAAAGACCGCUUAGGCGGCGGGGCGCAGGCAACUCCUCCUCCCCAAAUGUAUCAGGCUCAAGCUCCUCAAGGUUAUCUUUCUCAACAGGUUCCACAUCACACACAUAAUAAAAAAACAUACACAGCACCACAACAUUGGGGUGCUUCCUGAGC